GGACUAGUAAUAAUGGUGCUUGAACUUCGUGACAGUGGGGGAAACUUUUCGACAGCAAAUUCAGAAUCCCACAUUUAUUGAUGAGCCUGAUUAACAUCACCCUCUGAAUUUGAGUGUAGCUGGCAACACUCAUCAUGGAUACAGACAGGCGGUAUUCCAGCAAUGGGUUACUCUUAUCAGUGCGGACAGUAGGUCGUGUCACAGCUGGGAUAAUGUGUGUGGGAUUUUUACUAAGUGUUGCCUGUGCUAUCAUCUUCAACUUUGAAAUCACAACAAGGACACAUUGUGGGGUCUCCAACUAUCUACCCUCCAUCAGCGCUGCCAUUGCCGAGCCACCAUCUUGUUAUUUGUGGAGAUUAGCGGUUACACUCUGCUCUGCUCAACGUGUGUUUUUCACUUUAGUCCAUUACAACAUGUACUCAUCUAUCUUGGUCAAUAAGGCCCAGUAUCAAUGGCUGUGCAAGCUUUGUUUCUUCUUGGAGCUGACAGAGAAUCUGGGUCUUAUUGGGUUGACAUGUGUCUCCUCUGUUGAGAAUCAUAAGGCCCAUGAGUAUUUCUUCAUAGUGUUUCAGACUUGUGCUUUGUUGUAUAUGAUGAUCCUGUGUAUGAUUCAUAGACUGGCUAUCACUCAAGGACCUGUACCAACCAGUCAGGAGUAUAAGACUUUCAUGAGGAAAUUCACUCUGUUCAUCACAAAUCUUGUUGCCUUUAUAUCAGCCUUGUAUUUUUUCUACCGUCAUAACCGUUACUGUGAGCCUGGUGUGUAUACCAUCUUUGCCUUCUUGGAGUAUGUAGUUGUGAUGAGUAACAUUCUCUUUCAUUUUAUGGUGACAAAUAACUUCAAAGAGAGAGAGAUGAAGGUGGGCUCUCGUGCUGGGAGUAGACUAAAAAUGUAUUUCAAUAUAGCAUGCAAAUAUUUGCAACUGGCAAUCAAGUGGAUAAAUUUGGAUGAAGCUCUGAUCAUGUGGGAUUCCUUCAGUAGCAAGUUGUAAAUGGAAUUGUCUUCUGCUAUUUAUUUCACGUGUAUUCAUUCCUUUAAUAAUUGGGAGCCUAUUGGUUUUACUAGUAGUGUGAUUCUUAUUGAUGUCAAAGCACAUGUCACUUGGUGGUAACUAACCUUGAAACUGCUUAAAAAUAGUGUCAAAUUAUGUUUGAAACUGCAAGAUUAUAUAAUCAUGAUUACCAGAGACUUUCGUCUAUCUGUAUUAAACUGCCACUUUUGUAACUGCAAAUUUUGACAUCCACUUGGAAAAUAUUCCCUGGCUCAACGGAGGUGAAAUGAUAGCAAGUCCUAAAUGUGAAGAUGCAGCAUAUAUUCAUCUCUCACUUUUUAUUCAUCUUGCUUU